GGGUGGAGCUGCUGAUCCAAGAAGUGGAGGCGUCUCAUUCAGCCACUUCCUCCUGCUCAUGUAGGACAGGAGGAGUCCACAGUGAGACAGGACGGCAGCAGAAGGAACACAAACCAGCAGACGACAAAGCACAGAGCAGAGUUCUGAACAGACGGGUUCAGGAAAAGAACCUGAUGGAGGAACCCAGUGGAACCCAGUGGAACCCAGUGGAACCCAGUGGACCAGCAGAACCUGGCUGAGGCCCAGAGGAGCUGCUGUCCACUGCAGCUCAGACUGGACCCACUGGUGUUGGAACACCCCCAUGGACAGGGUUCACAGCAGACCCAGGUUUUUGUAUGAGGGGAUCUCACUGUGGGAGGAUCUGGUGGUUCCAACAAGUACAUGAUAUUUGGCUCCGGCACACAUCUCUACAUAACAAAUGACCGAGUGAAGAAGCCCACGGUGGGCGUGUACCCGCUGGCGUCCUCCGCCCACCCAGAGGGGAGGGGCUCCCUGCUGUGCGUGGCCUCGGACAUGUUUCCUCCUCUGGUCCGCUUCUCCUGGAAGAGACAGAAGGAGGGCGGAGCUGUGGAGGAGCUGCCUGACGCCAAGGGAGAACAGCUGGAGGUCAGAGCGGGGGGGCACGUCGCCACCAUCCGGGUGGUGGACCGGGACCCCGUCCACUCAUAUAAAUACUGGUGCUCGGUCCACCACGAAGGGAAACCAGUCCAGCACGAAAAGGAAAUAGAGGCUCCCAAACAACAAGAGGUGGCAGCCGGAGGCCGUCCAGGUCCACAUGUGAGGCCCUGGGACCAGGAGAGGCUCCUCUGUCUGAUGUACACGGUGCUGAUGGGGAAGAGUCUGGUCUACAGCUGUGGACUGGGUCUGAUCAACCUCACAAGACCAAGGACCGUCCACCGUCCAUGAGGAACCUCUCAACCUUCACCACCUGUCAACGGCACUGGGAACAUUUACAUUUACAGGCAAAUCAGCAAGAACAUCCAAUGGGUCAAAAAAGAAAUAAAACACCCAAAAACAUCCAAUGGAUCCAAAAUUAAAAAAAAUGUCAAAUGGAUCAAAAUUAAAAUAAAAAUAAAAAAUAAAAAAA